AUGUUCAAUUUCGGCCCUAAAUCAGCAAGUCUUUCAAUCCGGAAUUUAAGUUACUAUACUGGUGAACAAGAGCUGAGAAAUUAUUUAAAAGAUUACGAAAUAGUUUCUCUGUUUAUUGUUACAGAGACUGUUAGAGGUAUUAAGGAAAGGCUAGCAAGACCCUUAGGGAUUGCAUAUGUUGAACUGUCCUCAAUUGAGAACGCAGAAAAAGUAAUUAAGGAUCUAAACAAGAAACAAUUCCAAGGUAAAACUUUAUUCAUUAAAUAUCAUGUCCCUUAUGAACCAAGGUUUGUACCAAGAUAUAGAAACGAAGAAAAGAAUCAGAAAGCUAACACGGAAAAUGGUUUAAUAAAAAAAGGAUCAGAGGAUACAAAAUUAACAGAUAAGAAGGAGGUCAAAGAAACAAACCCUAUAGUAGAGGCUAACACUGAUUCAAUUAUUACACAUGCAGUUGUUCCAGAAACCUCCUCAAAGAAUGCCAAACAAAAGGGAACGAAAUCUUUAAAUGGUAGACAUUACCGCCAAAAUAGACGUAAUCAAGAAAAAUCAAAAGAUACUCUUUAUUGUAGCUCGUUACCAAAAAAUGUGACAGAUGAAGAACUGAGAGAAUUUUUUAAAGGGUAUAAUCCGCAAGAAAUUUGGAUAUACAGACAAAAAACAAGUAAAGUGUGCUUGCCUGUGCAUAGUAAGGUCACUGCUGCUCUUGUGACAAUAGGGUCUGAGGAUAAAUUGAUAGAUAUCAUCAAAGUCUUAAGGGAAAGAAAAAUAUUGGGUAAAAAGAUACUACUUUAUCCUGCUUAUAUAUCCAAAAUUGAAGAAAUUAAAGAAAUUGCCAGAAAGACAAGAGAGGAGCAAGGUAUUGUAGAAGAGGUAGUGGUUGAAGAUGAUACUACUGUGAGGACCGAGGAUCAACAACCCAUUGAAGCUACCGCAGAAAACGAAGACGCGGGCGCAGGUAAUGUACCAUCCAAUAAGAAAGCAGUUGCAAGGCAAAAAGAAGAAGUUAGAGUCACUUUAAGGAAGGAUGAUAACGAAGUUUCAAAUAAACAAAAUGUUCCUGUUCCACCGAUUAUAACGGAAGCUACAAGUGUCAAAGAUAGUGAUACUUCAAAAUUGAACAGAAUUAAACAAGAACCAGCCAGUGAACAAGAAACCUUGACAGCUUAA